CAACCCAAUUACACGGGUUGUCUCAGUUGGUUCGUAACUUCGUAUAUAAAUCUCAAUCUCUCUCUCUCUCUCUCUCUCUCUCUCAUUUUCAUUUCAACCUGGUUAACGUUUAUUCUCGUCAACCUUAUUAGAAUACUAGAAUCCGUCAACACCUUGUCUCACGCAUACUAUAAUUGAGUUUCCCAUAAACAACAAAAACAAACAAACAACCUCAAAAAACCACCUUCAAUACCACCUUGAUCAUCCCAAAACCACCUUUCUCUCUCAUCCAAAACCGCUUUUUCAAACACCCAGAACAGGGAUUUGGUCAAAUUCCGUCUCUUCCUUCCAUUUUAAUUCAAGCGCGGUGGUGGACGCGGCGGCGGAGGCUAACGUGAGCCGGGGUCGUGGAGGGCGCGUAGGAUAAGAGAACAGGGAAGGAGGUGGUGGUGGUGGAGGUUGGUGAUGCAUCGGAGCCGUACACGUGGAGGGCGAAGAUGGUGGCGGAGGUGAUAGGAGAGAGCAGGUGGGGCACAUGGCUUGAGCUUCUCUUGGCUGGGGCCGUAAUCCGAUACGGGACCCGAGAUUGGAACCUGGUCGCCGCGGAGCUCCGAGCCCGAACCGUUUGUCCGUACGCAUUUACACCCGAGGUUUGUAAAGCCAAAUAUGAGGACUUGCAAAAGCGUUACUCUGGAUGCAAGGUGUGGUUUGAGGAACUACGAAAGAAACGAAUGGAAGAGUUGAGGCAAGCUCUAAAACAAUCUGAGAACUCAAUAGGGUCUUUGGAAUCAAAACUUGAAUCUCUUAAAGCUGAGAAAGGGCAAGGUGGUUGCAUCAACUAUGGCUCUGGCCAAACAGAAUCACCUGUUCCUUCUCAAAAGUCGGAGGGACAUUACCCUUGUGGUAAAGAGAUUUGUAAGGAUGAGCCAUCCGCUGGCAGUUUCACAUGUGAAGCCUUGACAAGCUGCUCACUGGAAUGCCAGAUACCAGCGACAGUGUCAGCUGAAGACACUGAGACUAAACGAGAAGUUUCACAAUCAUUCAAGCACGAAAAAAUCUCAAUUGGGGCUUUCUACGGUGGACUUGGAGGGACUCUAAGAAAGAGAAGGGGCAAGAGGAAGAGGAAGGAUUGUAGUAGGGAUGUUAAGGAGGCGAGUGUUGGGGAUAGUGGAUUUUUGGAUUCAGCUGAUGCUAUAACUGCCUUGCGGUGUAUAGAACAUUCAACCAGUGAGUGUCGUGAGGAUUUGGGAUCUUCUGGUGCAGGUGAUUGGAAAAGAGGUUUGACCAAGGAUGGAACUAAUAAGUUGUUGGAUGUUUUCAAUAAAUUUUUGGAACAUAAAAGUGCUUCUGUCUUUCGUCAUCGACUUGAUAGCCAGAAGAGAAGAAGGUAUAAGAAAAUGAUCCGUAGGCACAUGGAUUUUGACACAAUAGGAUCACGAAUUGCAAGCCAUUCUGUCAUGUCAGUUAAGGAACUGUUUCGAGAUCUGUUGCUGCUCGCCAACAAUGCCCUAGUGUUUUACUCCAAGAGCACACGUGAAUACAAAUCUGCUUUGCUUCUUAGAGACCUCACUACCAAAACAUUGCAGCAGCAUCUGAAGGAUUCUAGCAGCAAGGCUACCUCUGCAAACCUCUCCUCCAAUACACUAGUGUGUAAUCCUCCAGUUAAACCUAGAAGUGCUCGCCCUGGUAACCAAAAGCUGUCGAGAAAAGCUACCAAUGCCGGAAAGGCUGCUGCUAAGACUUCAAACAAAAGUAAGAAAACCGGUAAUGCUAAUGCAGAUUCUUCUCCUUCAGUCCAAUCUUUUGCUGUGACAAAAAGGACAUCUGGUCACCAAAGGAAAGUGGGACGUAAAACUGUUGGUCAACAAAAUGUAGUUCCUGUGAAGGGAAGGAAAAGAGGUCGUACAAAGUAGAUGUAGGUGUGAAUUGGGUGUGUAGGGAUCCUGUGUACAAAACAGUCCUGGUUCAAACAUUAGAAGGAUUACAUUGUAAAAUGCACUACAGCAGUCGAGAGAAAUCAAAAUUUUGUUUCGUCUUUA